CAGAACUCUAAUUUCAGGCAUAUUAUAGUAGCAUUGACGACCGUAAUACUUAUAUCCAGCGUAGCAGUUCAGAAGUUCUUGCAUACAGCAUCCCAUGGUUAGCUUAUACGUUAAAGUAUAAUGUUCUUUGCUUUAACAUAAAAAAGAUGCAAGCUCUUACGGAACAAGUGCGGCGUGAUUGGAAUACAUUAAGCAGCGUGCAGGAAAUCGAAAUAAUAAAAAAAUACUGGGCUAUCGGAAGAUUCAUCACAUUGAUUACGAUAUAUCAACAAAAAUAUUUUAUCCCGAUUUUGUUACAUUUAUUUGUGAUAGUUUUGUGUGGAUUAACCACAGUGGUAGCCACCGAGACAAUUCAUAUGUCAUAUAUGCAACAUGCGUGUGGAUUGUUCCAAAUAGCCAAUUGUCGCAUAGAACAGGUGCUGCAUAAAAAUACGAUACAAGAUAUUACAUCUUCUGCCGAAAGAAGUUUAAUUGUAUGUCAAGGGAUAAUUAGUGGUGUCAAUAUGUACAGCAGAGCAAACAAGUUUGUAGAAAUGUUGAGGACAAGUUUUAAAUGGGCAUAUUUCUUACUAUUACCAUUAGGAGUGCUGUCACUAAGUAUUAAUCUUUAUCGUCUUUCUCAACUAAUAAUGACCGAAGAAUAUUACGAUUUGAUCGUUAGCAUUUUGGUAACCAUUGGCCAUUUUUGGUACAUGUUCUUCUGCAACUAUGUAGGACAGGAAAUAAUCGAUCAUAGCGGCAAUAUCUUUUACAGAACGAGAGUAACAUAUAUGUACAACACGAAAUGGUAUGUGGCACCUUUGAAAGCGCAGAAAUUAUUGCUGUUUAUGAUGCAAAGGAGCAUACGACAUUUCUCGUACAUCAUUGGUGGUUUGUUUAUUCCGUCGUUCGAAGGAUUUGCCACGCUUACAAGUAUGUCAAUUUCAUACUUUACGGUAAUCUUUUCCACCCGUUGAUUUUUG